GGAACCUAAACUACUCGCGUACGCGGUCGCACGUUCGUCACUUCAUGGACUGACAGGGGGAGUACUUGUAUCAGGAACCUGUCCGGUGUAAACAGAGCAAGGCAAACAUAUUUUGCAGUAUGGCGUGCCUACGAUGGGGAAUAGCUAGCGCUGGUUUAAUUUCCAACGAUUUCUGCGUUGCUCUCAAAACACUGAACUCUGAAGAACAUAAAAUAGUCGCAGUGGCUGCCAGAUCGCUUGAUCGUGCCAAGGAGUUUGCCGAGAGAUUCUCCAUUUCCAAGGGGUAUGGGUCGUAUGAAGAGCUUGCAAACGAUGAAGAGAUAGAUGUGGUUUACAUUGGUGUAAUUAACACCCAGCAUGUAGGGUUGAGUAAAAUGAUGUUAAAUUGUGGCAAAUCUAUUCUUUGUGAAAAACCACUGGCAGUUAAUCUUCGUGAAACUAAGGAAGUGCUUUCUCUGGCAAAGGAAAAGAAAUUAUUUUGUAUGGAGGCUAUUUGGUCUCGCUUUUUCCCAGCGUAUGAUGAAAUCCGAAGUAUCAUCAAUUCUGGUAAGAUUGGUGAUAUCAAAUAUGUGUAUGCUGAUUUUGGUGUUAAUAAUCUGAUGUCAGUACAAAGAAUUGCUCAAAGGGACACUGGGGGCGGUGUUACCCUGGAUCUUGGGAUUUAUGUGAUACAACUUGCUGUAAUGAUAUAUGGAGACGAGAUUCCUGAGAUUACAACGAGGGGUUGGUUAACUCCUGAUGAAGGUGUCGAUGAGACUGCUGUCGUUAUUUUGAAAUACACAAACAAUCGAUUAGCGGUGCUUACGUGUCAUGGCAGAAUUGACACUAACAAGGCUGCAAGUAUUGUAGGUACCAACGGAUCAAUUGAAGUACUCUGUCCAUUUUAUGCCCCAACAAAGAUAAUGGUAAAUAGUAACACAGGUCAAGAUGUCAAAGAAUUUCCCCUACCAGAUCCACCAUCAAAGUUAAACUUUCGAAAUGGCAGUGGCAUGAGAUAUGAAGCUGAGGCAGUCAGGAAAUGUGUACUAGAAGGUAAACUAGAAUGUGAAAUUAUCACACACAAGGAAACUGAAACCAUAGCCGCUAUUCUUCAAAAGAUGCGACAUGAUCUGGGAUACAUACUGGAACAAGAUAGACAGCCCGUGGUGAUGGCGUCACAGUAACACUAUAUGGUUAUUUAAAUUUAGGGUAUAACAUCGCAAUGGAUAUAUGUAGAAGAUAUACCAAACACUUGCAAUUUUAUAGUCACGCAAUGUGCAUCUUACAACAGUAAAUUACGGUGCUAGUUUGUUUCAUAAUUACAUUGUUCUAUGUAUCCUUGAAUAGUGCAAGUACUCCUCCGCCUUUUA